AUGAAGUGUUUUCGCCGAAAAAGUAAUUACAUUGUGGAACCAGUUGAAAGGAGAUAUGUUAUUAUUCCAUCAUCCAGAACCAAAAGUGUUCUUACAGAUGCAUCAACAGUAAAAGAAGACAGUGACAUAGAAGCCAUAAGAAACGCCAUCAUUCAAAAUGACUUUCUUAAUCGUUAUUUAACUGGCAAAAAGCUAGAGAGAGUCAUCGAGGCAAUGUACAAGGAGACCGUGGAUGCUGACACCGUUCUGAUAUCGAUGGGCGAAUGCGGUGACAAGAUGUACGUGUUGAAGGCCGGUAAGGUGAAAUUCAAAGGGAAGGACUUCGAACACAUAGAAAACAGACAGAUCGUGUUCGGGGAGUUUGCGAUUUUGUACAAUUGCAAGCGGAUGGCCACGGUCACGACGGUGACGAGGACGGAACUGUGGACGCUAGAGAAUGCCGUUUUUCAAAAAAUUAUAAAGGAAUUUAACAAAGAGGAGCACAAAGAGAGGGUGGAGUUUUUGCGACAAAUCGAGUCGUUUAAGGAGAUAGGAGAUGAAGAGUUGGAUAUGGGUGCCCAUUAUUUGGAAACGGUGUUUUACGAAUGCGACACAGUUAUCAUAAAAGAAGGUGACAACGUUAAUAAGCUUUAUAUAAUAACUGCAGGUGCGGUGGCUAUAACCAAAGAGGGACAAGGAGAAAUUGGGCAGUUUACAAAAGGUCAACAUUUUGGAGUUUUAGAUGUCAUGGACGAAAACUAUAGUUAUACCAUCACUGCUAAAGGAAAUGUCGAAUGCUUAGUUUUAAGUCACGAAUACUUAAGCUACUUUAGACGUGCGACCGUUACAGAAAUCACUCCAAUUAUAUCAAUCGAAGACGAAUUCAAGAACAUGAAACUGAACGAUUUGAAAAUCAUUCGCACUCUGGGAGUGGGAGCUUAUGGUACAGUCGGACUAGCAAGACACCAGACCACCAAAAAAGAGUACGCUAUAAAGUAUGUUAAGAAGAAGUUUAUAAUUGACAACAACUUACAAGACCUUCUAAUAAACGAGAAACGAUUGCAGAUGGAAUGCAAUUCAAAAUUCUUAGUUAGAAUGUACCGAUCAUUUAGAGACACUGAGUAUGUAUACUUCUUGUUGGAGGCUUGUUGUGGGUUUGAUCUGUUUAAUCUUCUGCAUUGCCAGAAAAAUCGCUCACUGAAGGACAAACAUGCGAAAUUUGUGGCUGGUUGCCUAGUGGAGGCACUCAAUUAUCUACAUUCAAGGAAAAUCAUUCAUAGGGACAUUAAGUUAGAAAAUGUGUUGAUAGAUCAUCGAGGUUACAUGAAACUGUCAGAUUUUGGAACCACCAAAAAACUGGUGAAAGGAAAAACGUAUACAUUUAUUGGAACUAUAGACUAUUUGGCACCUGAGAUUGUAGAAGGAAAACCCUAUGAUCAGAGUGUUGAUUGUUGGGCCUUAGGCGUAUUGAUUUAUGAAUUACUUACUGGACUUGGACAGACUCCAUUUUUGGGUAGUACGGAUCAAAGUACGUAUACCAACAUCAUCAAUAGAAAGGUAACAUAUACAUCUGAAAUAAACAACAACGCCAGAAACUUAAUUGGUAAUCUGCUGAAUCGUAAUCCGUUAAAAAGAUAUCGUGCCAAAGACGUUAGAAAUCAUAAGUGGUUUGAUGGUUUCAAAUGGGACAAGCUACAAAACGGGAAAAUGAAAUCAUUCUGUAAUCCUAAGAAGAUCAAAGUGAACAAACCAAAAUGCGGCAUUGGUGGUCCCAAACACACCACCGAAGAUACAUCAUCAGAAAAUAAAUUUUCUGAAUGGGUUGAAGAGUUUUAA